AUGAAAAAGGCCUUUGAUCAAACUGUCAGGGACAUUAAAAGAGGAGUCAACAAAAAAGUUCUUAAAGUCCCUUCAAUUGAACAGAAGGUUCUUGAUGCUACUAGUAAUGAGACUUGGGGUCCUCAUGGAUCUCUUCUUGCUGAUAUAGCACUCGCUUCAAGAAACUACCACGAAUACCAGAUGAUAAUGUCUAUAAUCUGGAAACGUGUUAAUGACACUGGAAAAAACUGGCGCCAUGUAUACAAGGGUUUGACUGUUCUUGAAUACUUGGUAGCAAACGGAUCAGAACGUGUCAUAGAUGAGAUUAAAGAACAUUCUUACCAGAUAACAACAUUGUCUGAGUUUCAAUAUAUUGAUCACACUGGUAGAGAUCAAGGGAACAAUGUAAGGAAGAAGUCACAAAGCCUUGUGGCUUUAGUCAAUGAUAAAGAAAAAUUACAGGAAGUUAGAGAGAAAGCUGCUGCCAAUUGGGACAAGUUUCACAAAACAUCAGGAAGUGCAAAAUACAGACCUGGAUCAUAUCCAGGAGCAGGAGGGUAUGAAGAUGAUAGAUAUGGAAGCAGAGAUGAUAAUAGUAAUAAUGGAUAUGGAAGAGAGAGAGAAAGAGAAUGGGGUGAAGAUGAAUACAACAGAGGUAGAAGAAGCUUUGAUGCUGAAAACUAUGGCAGAAGAAGUAGAAGCUCUGAUAGAGAAAGGGAACAACGUGCUUAUGAAGAUGAAGCCCAUUAUUCUUCAAGAGGAAGCAAUGAUCAAUCUCAGAAAUCACCAGAAGGGGUACCUCCUAGUUAUGAAGAUGCAGUGGCUAAUGGAGACCCAAAAACCUCACCUCCGCCAGUAACCACAACUGUUGCUCCACCGCCAGUAACCGCCGCACCACCUCCACCUCCGCCUGCAGCCGCCACAAACGCUGAGAGCAACGGUUUUGAUGAGUUUGAUCCUCGUGGUUCUUUUCAAGCAACAGCAGCCCCACCACCACCGCCGCCGCCACCAGUAUCAGGUGGUGGUGACAUGGACUUGUUUGGGGACCCGUUUUCUUUGAAUUCAUUGGCUCUUGUGCCUGUUACAUCUGUAACUUCUGACACAAACUCAAAUCCUCUUUCUGAUCAGACAUCCACUGUUUCUAGUCAGGCAUUUGAAGACCCAUUUGGUGAUGGUCCUUUUAGAGCUGUUCCUUCUACAGCUGGAUUUUCAGCUCCUCCCCAGUCAGCAUCCGCCAUUGCUGUCGGUCAAAGCGGUCAACCACCACCACCACCACCACAACCAGCCGCCUCGACACCAAACACUGUCGAUAACUUUGGAUAUGGCAGCAGUUUUGACCAAAAUACUGAUAUUCUAGCGGGUCUCCUGCCACCAUCUGGACCUUUUCAGGGUCAACCACAAGAAAGUCAACCUCAAGGUGGUGGUCAAUUUAUGUCCCAUGGUGGUCAAACCGCUGCUCAUGGUGGUUUUCCUCCACCUCAAAUGGGCUCUGGUUAUCCCGGUUCUAACGGUCAACCGGCUAACUUUUACGGUGGUUAUGAACCACAAGGCUCUUCAGCUCCACUUCCACCUGUGCCGCCAGUCACCGCCACACCUCCCGCCCAGUCUAACCCUUCAAGUUUCUAUCAACAGCCACAGCCACAGCCAACCCUGAAUUCUUCAACCGGUGCUCUUGCUUUAGUUCCUCAACAACCAGCAAAAUUCGAAACAAAAUCCACUGUUUGGGCUGAUACAUUAAACCGUGGCCUUGUUAAUCUCAAUAUAGCCGGAUCUAAAACGAACCCAUUGUCUGACAUUGGAGUUGACUUUGAAGCUUUAAAUAGAAAGGAAAGGAGAAUGGAGAAAACCAACACAACCCCAAUGGCCACUUCAAAUGUAGCCAUGGGUAAGGCCAUGGGGUCCGGUUCGGGUAUCGGGCGGGCUGGUAUGGGUGCACUAAGACCCCAGCCCAACCCCAUGAUGGGCCCAGGUCCCAACAUGGUGGGACCUGGUGGGUACCCGAACCCACCUAUGGGUGGGUUCCAAAUGCAACCUCCAACUGUCGGAUAUGCAUCUGGAACUUACAACCCAAUGAUGGGUCGUGGUGGUGGUGGUUAUGGGCAACCACCACCAUAUGGUGGUGGCUAUAGGUAAAUUUACGGUAAAGUUUAAGGUAAGAAGUGAGAGUGAGAACCUUCCGGAAUCUAUGACGCCCAAAACACGUGAAAAAAGAAAUGAUUUGGGCCCGAAAGUUUUAUUUGGGAUGUGUAAAGAUGGAAAUGUUUUUUUUUUUUUUUUUGUUAAUGUAUGAUUGAUUGUAUGAUGUAAUAUUUGAUUGAUGGGGUUGAUAUUGUUAGAUGUUGUGAAGGGUGU